AUGGCGGGCUUCAGUGCUAUGGGCUGUGGUCACGAGGACACGCCGUGGUUCAUGGGGUUUGUAAAUGCCAGCUCAGCUGCGUCUGUCCGUCUAUACGAGGCUGUGGAUGUCAGUGACCUUGACCCGGAGUGUGUGCGUGUGUUACAGGCUGGGGUACCUUUCAUCAUGGAAGUCUCUGGAAGCCUCGCUGGGGACCCCAGAAAGCCCACAGAUGUCACCGUCUCCAACCCCGUCUCCAAACUCUCCUCCAUUUUAAAUCUCUCUGUCCUGCGGUCCUCCCCCGAGGGGUUGGUAAUAUCUCUGCUACACGGCCGCCAGGGAGCGCCCUCCUGCGUCCCCUCUCAAUACACGGUCUCUGAAAGCGGCAACGUGGAGGCCGCGUACCUGGGAGACUCUGUCACACUGCAGGCGGUUACAAGUGGAGGUCUCAUAGCGGAGCUCUUCCGGUGGUUUACUCAGAGGAAGACCCAGAGAAAGGUAGAGACGGAGGAGAGGGAGGUCAUACGGUCACAGAGCAGCACUGCGCUGAGCGUUGGUCAGGACAUCUCUGUUCAACUGGAGUUGUUCACCACCAUCAGACAGCUGCUUCUCUUCAACCUCAAACUGAAGGCUGACAAAGAACACAUCUAUGGCCGUAAUGAUGACCGCAGCAGAAAUGGCAAUGAUAGCACUGACAGUGACAAUACCAGUGGCAAAACUAAUCACGGUAAUGGCCACACCUCUGGCUCUGUUAAAAACAGUCAAAGUGACAAUAAUGACCACAAGAACCACUAUUUCAUCAGAAAACAGGACAACAGCUAUGACCACUCUCUCAGCCAACACCACAGUAACAAUAACCCACCUGACAAGAAUGUCUUUUGUAUGACUAACAUAAUAUAUAACCAAAGCCACGGCCAUGAUGGUGUUGACCGUAGUAACCCAUCCCUUUUCCAAAUCCAUACACAGCCCCUGGCUGCUGAUCCGCUCCACUUCAGCCCUGUCCACCUCAUUCAUAGCCCAUCCAGCUGCCAUCUACACCUCCACCUUCCCUUCCAACUCCCCACCAUUGCGGGGCAUUAUCAGCUCUCGGUGUAUGUUUCCUCCAUGACCGAUCCUUCAUCAGUGCUGCUCUCCACUGAUCUACCUCAUGCACUGGUAGUGUAUGAUCACAUACAGAGCCUGUGGCCCUCGAGAAGUUGGAGAACAGUAGUUCCUACCCAAUCAGAUCUCCACCUGGAGGUCAUGAGCCAUGCCAACCGUAUGGAGUCUGGAACGCUUUGGACUGUCAUUUUGAACGGUGACAUUUUGGUCAACAGAACGACUGAGGACUGGAACACAAACAUGUCUCUUCAAAUAGCCGGAUGUUAUCAGGUUACAGUCAAGGCUUUUAACCCAGUCAGCUGGGCUUUGUUCACUAUAACCAUCCUGGCCCAAAUUCCAGUUGGAGAGUUAAUGUUGACUGUUCCAAGUGUGGUCCAAGUAAAACAGCCAACUUCCAUUUGGUUUACCAUCACAGCAGGCUCAAACAUGACUGUGGCCCUACUGGUGAAUGGAAGUAUGCUGUACCAAAACACCAGUUACACCACUGAAGAGGAGGCAGAAGUGGUUCUGCUUUUUGACCAUAGUGGAAUAGCAGAGGUUUGGCUUAGAGCUGACAACAUGGUCUCCUCUAAAAACAGGAGUAUAAGUGUAUGUGUCAGGAGGAGCAGUGAGCCGUUGCCACCACAGAGCAUCAAUACAGAUUGGCCACCACCCACCAGUCAAAGUCUGAUACACAACCUGGAUGUCAAUGCUGUGAGGAUCUAUACAGCAAAGCAGACUUAUCCCACAAACACAGACAUAACCUUCCUGGUCAAGGCUAAUGUAUCUGGACGAUUGAAGUUCCUCUGGAGUUUUACAGACUCCAGGUACAUCAGAACCACCUCAACCACCAUUACCACAAGAUUCCGGACUCCCGGCAGGUACAGUGUAACAGUAACAGCAUCCAACAGCCGGAGGUCCUUCCUCUCUGAGCCAUUUCCUCUGGUCAUCCAGCGAGCGGUGCGAAUCAACAGGCUGGUGCACCCUGCCUCAGUCCUGCUGAACCGGACGACAGCGUUGAGAUGCCGGGUCAACGCCGGGACCAACCUCACCUACCUCUGGAACUUUGGAGAUGGAACCUUCAGGCGGGGCUGGAACACAGAACACCACAUUUUCCACAGGGUGGGAGAGUUCACUGUGGAAGUGACUGUGUUUAACCUGGUCAGCUCUGCCUCUCUGAGCAGUCAGAUUUUUGUGGUAGACCGCCCCUGCCAGCCACCACCUGUUAAAAACAUCGGGCCUCCAAAGAUACAGGUGUGGAGGUAUGAGGUGGUUCGUCUAGGGGUGACCUAUGAGAGUGACAUUGACUGUGACAUGUCAUGGGGGCUUCAUUAUACCUGGACGCUGUAUAACUCCACAGGCCAGGCUUUCCCAUUGCCCUACAUUGAAACACACAGACAGAGCAUUACACUGCCAAGCCACCUCUUGCACUACGACACCUAUACCGCCGUAGCCAGGGUUCAAGUUGUGGGCAGCGUGGUGUACAGUGUCUACACGGUGCGAGUGGAGGUGGUUCCCAGCCCUCCUGUGGCCUUCAUCCAAGGUGGCACCAACAGCUUCAUUAAUAUCAAGAAGAUCGCCAACGUAACACUCGACGGUCAGCUAUCUUAUGACCCUGACUUCCCCACAAAUCCCCUCAGUUACAGCUGGAGUUGUAAGCCAGUUAGUGCCAUUAUCAGCUCCUGUUUUGACCAGUAUGUUCCAGCAUCCCUCUCCAUCCUCACAUUUCCUAUCAGUUCCUUGAAACCCAACUUUGACCAGUUCCGGUUUACGCUCACCAUCCACAGCAGGGAGUAUUCAGUUUCCACAGAGACUUUUCUGACAAUCACCCCAAACCUGUUUAUGAAAGUGUCUGCGUAUUGUCUCCAGUGCCAUGGAGAGCACAUCAACUCGGAUAAAGCCUUCUCUGUCAGCGCUGAGUUUCAGAGCUGCGGCGUUGGCCCCAAACAUAUCCAAUACAGUUGGAGCCUCUUCCUGGUUAAUGCCUCCUCUAAACCCAUCAUAGAAGUCCCAUUUUGUCAGCUUGUGGAUCUCAGCGCUCCCUCCAAUGUCAUUGAGGACCCUGCUGCUCCUUAUCUGCCUCUUGAGGCUUCCCUUUUGCCACCAGACACCAUGCACACAUCUUUUACCUGGGUCAGUGAUCCUUCAGUUUCCCUGCAAACUUCACAAGACACCCACCGCAACCACACCUCAGUACCGAUACAGCCGAGCAAGAACGGUGCUACAUCUACGGCCCUGAGGCGGAUGCAGCAUCUGAACCUGAUGGGUGGUAGCGAUGACAUCAUCAAACCAGAGAACCCAUCCCGAAAUGGCCGACUUUGGAAACGGACGUUAGCAAACUAUGAGGGGCCUGCCAGAAAAGCUCUGGCUGAUCAAACAGAAAACACCACAGCUUCACCGAUGUCCUCCUCAAAAGUUGUUGGUGUCUUGGCAAGCUCCGAGCCCUACUAUCCACACAGGUCCUCUCCAUUCAGCAGCACAGACAAAACAAAGGCGUUGGUUGCAGUUGUCACACAGAUAGUGUUUCAAGGUCACAAUCUAAUUGUGUGGGACUUGUGCAUUAAAACCGAGUCUUUUAUAGAUGCUGAUUAUGAUAUUCCCUUCCUGGGCGUAGAAGAGGGAGACUCAGGAUUUUCAGAAGGCAGACCAACAGGUUUGGAUGGUGAAAGUUUUGUUCCAAAAGGUGAGCCGGAGGUACAUCUGGAACCAGGAGAAAAUGAAGGGAGUAACUUGGUGGACCCCAGACCGUCUGUAGGGCUCCAAGAGCUGACCCUACUUGACCUGCCACGUGAGCUGGUAGAGACAGGGGUGUUUGAGUCUUACACUUACACAGGAACCUCUUCCCCCCUCAUCAGUUUUAAGCCUUUCAGUCUGAAGCCAGGGAGCAGAUACAUGAUGGAGGUCACUGCCAAAUCCCACAAUUCCUUUCUGGGCCGAACACAGCUCUUCCUGAAAACUAACCCUGCUCCAAGAGGAGUGACCUGCCAGGUGCAGCCUAGCAAAGGGAUGGAGAUGCACACACACUUCAGCAUCUUCUGCACCUCAGGAAAGGAGGAUUUACUGUAUGAGUACAGCUUCGGUAUUGGAGACAAACCCCGUAGGACCCUGUAUCAGGGGCGAGACUUUCAAUACUAUUUCAGCCUGCCGUCUGGAGACCCUGAUGACCACUAUAAAGUAACCAUAUACAUAGAGAUCAGAAGCAGUGGAUCUGGAGCUGUCACCAAACCCUGUCCUGUCACGGUACAAGUCCAACCAUGCCUCAGAACAACCUCCUCUCCUCACGAAGCAGAUCUGGAACUUUCAGAGUCAGGACUGAGGAACCUGUCAGCUCUCGUCCAGUUAGGGAACAGUGUGGAGAUUUGUAACUACAUCAGUCUCCUUUCCAGCAUCCUCAACAGGCUCAGCUUGGACUCUGUUGCCAUCACACGCGUGCAGAUGAAAACACGCAGCGUGCUCAUCUCCACUGUGUGUGAGCUUGAGAUCACUGACCAGGUAUCAAUGUUUGACCACAUCUGUAUUCUCAGAGACCUCGUACAAGUCCCUCAGCAGGUAACAUUAUCAAGUGCCAAACAAGUGACCGAUUACAUUCAGGCCAUUUCGGAGCGAUUUGCUGACCCCGCUGUCCCAGUCCUGCACUACCUUGAUCAGGGGACAGUCAACACACUGGUCACACUGCUGUCAUAUUGCCUGCAGGCUGCGGCCGCUACUGAUGUCGUCAUCCUGGAAACAUUCAAUAAUGAUGACAUAACACAGACAGCAGCUGGGACCGAUUAUCUCACACCUGAUUCAUCUAAUGGCAAAAAUAUCACACAUGCCAAGGUUGACCAAUAUGGAAAGUCAUAUUUUACAGACCAAGUGGCACAACUUGCAACCAGCAGUCUGCAGACUGCUGCAGACCUACUUUUGAGAUACUUUCUCUUCAGUGGGCUUCAGGAGCACAGUAUUAACACCAGUAUCAUGGCCCUGCAUACCACCUACCAAAACCAAGGUCUGACCUCCACCAUUGUCAGCAGUAGUUUAACCACAUUCUACUUGCCGGGAUACCUGCGCCUGCUCCUGUUCAGCCCUGAUGGUGAAGAGACGGGGAAUGGACAACACCAGCAGCCAUGUGUCCUCAGCCAGCUGAGUGUUUUCAGCCAGAACCCUUAUUUCUGGGCCAACACCCAAGCUCAGUUGAAUGGUCCAAUAGUUGACCUCAGUUUCUACAGAUGCAGCACACGAAGAAAGAUCCCACUUGUCUCUCUCCCUCAGCCAGUUAAUAUUGAAUUCCAACAACCUCCCAGAAAUAACAGCUCCAUGAAUAAGUACAUCUUCCUGAGGAGCCAGAUAAACUACCACAGCCUCAAUAUCACCCAGCAGUACUUGCAACAGGCCAUCCAGCUCAGUGUAACAUUCAUGCCGCCACCCACCAAGACAUUUCCCAUCAUGCUCCUAUUCAGGAUGUUUGAGAGGCCCACGCCAAGCUUGUACCAUCUCCAAAGGACAUAUCAAUGGGAGGCUAAUACCAUUCACAUCACACUGCCUCCAUCCUACCUCAGUGUUGCAGGUGUAGGCUACCUGGCCCUGUUAAAUGCGGACUAUGGGAAGCCCAGCAGGCACAAAUACCAGAGUAAACAGGUCAGCUACAGUCUCACAUUUGAGGCGAGCCUGUGUUUGUCUUGGGAUGGACACCAGGGGACCUGGACAGACCAAGGCUGUGCAACACAGCAAGGAGAGACAAGUGCAGCAGUCAACUGCAGUUGCAACCAGUUGAGGUCACUGACUGUGAUCCGGCAGCACAUCCAGACCAAUAAUGACACGACAGGGCUGGAUCAGUACUUAAGCGUGGCCAAUGAUCUGACAGUGGUUGGUGUGCUGGUGGUGUGUGUUUGCCUGUAUGUCCUGGGACUGGGGAUGUGUAGGAGAGCUGACGUUGUCUCUGAGAAGAAUGGGAGGGUCCAUUACCUUUCUGACAACUGUCCAACAGACCCCUUCCUCUAUACUGUCACCAUCCGCACCGGGCUUUGCUCUGCUGCCAGCAUGACUGCCAGGGUGUACAUGGUACUCUAUGGGGAGAAUGGCGUCUCACAGACCAGAGAACUCCAAGUCCCAGAAUGCCCUAUAUUCAGGAGGAACUCUCAAGACACUUUCAUACUCAGUGCAGCGGACAGCUUAGGUGAACUGUGGGGGAUUCUUCUCUGGCAUGACAACUCAGGACCCUCUCCAAGAUGGUACCUCCAACGAGUGGAAGUGUCUGAGAUUAGCCGAGGCCAUGGGAAGGUGCGAUCCUGGCUUUUCCUUGGCCAGUGCUGGCUGGCUGUUGGCGAGAGUGACGGUUGUGUCGAGAGACAGCUCAGGGUUUGCACUCAAGCUUUAGGUUUUGCCAAGCUGCUGCAUUUCCAUCUAUGGGACUACCUGGCUGACUUCCACCUCUGGGUGUCUGUGUACAGCCACCACUCCCCUAGCUCCUUCACACACACUCAACGCCUCAGUAUUUGUCUCCUGCUACUGCUGGGGUACAUGUGUGUCAACGCACUUGUCAUUUCAAAAAUGGAGGAACAAUGGACCUUCGAAUUAGGAUUCAUUGAUGUGUCUGCUGUUUCCUUGAAGACGGGAGUAUUGAGUGUGCUGGUAGUAUUGCCAGCAGCUAUAAUGGUUUCCUUUCUGUUUUGUUUGCGUGAAGUAGAGCCUGGGUUCAAAUCUUCCUUCCUCCAUUCCUAUCUCUCUUUCGCUCUCCUCUCCUUUUUUUCAGAUUCACAUCUGCCUUGGAAUGGGCUUCAGCUGUGGGCACAGGAAGCAUGGGGGAAAAAACAGCAGAGCCAAGACCUGGUCUCAGAUAAAGAUGAAGAAGCUAUGAUUCAGAUAGAACCAAUUACCCAGAGGGAGAAAGAUUUGUCAAAUCAAGGCAGUCCAGACCUAGGACUUCAAGGUCUAACCACUCAAGGGGACACGGGAGAUCUGAUAACUUUGGGGAAAGAAAAGGAUCUGAUAAACCAAGGGAGAAUAAAUGUCUUGAACAGUAGGAGUGUUGGGAGUCCAGUGAUCAAGACUGAUAACAGGACUUCAGUGUCUGUGGCAGGCAAGGAUCUAGUCCUUCAGAAAGAUUUGAUGCAUCAGCAUCAACAACUGACUCGUGGGAGAGAUAAGAACCAAAUCAUCCCCUGCGACAAGGAUCCAGUGACUCAGAUGGUCACAGCAACCCAAACGAAUAUGAGUCUCAUGAUUCAGGAAGACACCGAUCCUGUCACCCAGGUGAUUGGCUCCUCAAACUCCAGUGGUUUUGAGGAUGGCCACCACAACCCCAGCAGGAUGCUUGGCAGCAGUGAUGGUAGUGACAGAUGUCACCACCAGGAAGAGUACUCUGACUGCAGCUGUGGUUCCCAAGCCAAAUGCAGCCUGAGGAGAGUCAGAGGAAUAACCCGCUGGUGUCACUACCUGGGCUGGCUGCUGUGUCUGCUGCUGUCCAUCGCCUGUCUGGUGCUAACUGCUGUGUUCGGAACAAGGUUUUGCAGCGGUAAGGUUCUGCUAUGGACUCACUCCCUCUUUUUCUCACUGCUCUCCUGUAUCUUCCUCAUCCAGCCGGCAUUGAUAUUCAUAGUAGCAGCGGGGGUUUCCUUUUGGUACAGAGAGAGGCGAGACUUUUACCAUUUCUCUAUUACCCCGGGAUGUAAUAUCGAGGCUUUGAAACUGUUGAGCCAAGACAGUGCUUAUCAACCAAAUCUCCAGCACAGCCCAUUAAGAUACCCUCAGGAGAAGUAUUUACACUUUGAAAAGCUGCUGGUAGCUCGUAAGCGAGCCCGGUACCUGCGUCUUGUGCGCCCGCCCAGUCCAGCAGAGCUGAGGAAGAUUCGUGCAAAGAAGAGAAAAGAGACUCUCAUCCAUAAAACACUCAGGGAAUGGUCAAUCUCUGUUUCGAUGCUGCUACUUAUGCUUUGUAUAAACAAUGGCAGUUUCUCCACUGACCAAUACCAACUCAACAAAGAUGUUAGAGUACAGUUCACCAGUGACCCACAUAAUUCCUUUCUUUCAAUCGGAGACCACAAUGAUUGGUGGACCUGGACUCAGACCAGUCUGUUAGAUGUGCUGUACAAGAAGGCAUCUACCACAACCAAGGCUCACGUCGUUCAGAGAGCGCACAUACUGAUCGGGGAGCCGGUCCUUUGGAAGGUGGAAGUGGCUAACUCAUCUCAGUGCUGGAUCCCUAGUGCGAUGGCGGACAUGACCCCAGACUGUCUGUCUGUAUUGUGGUCUGAAGCCUGCAGUAACUUGGACUCUGCUGUAGUGUUAAACAUGGCAGCCUCUCAACAGGUAUGCAGCCAUUUCGGCUGCUACUCAGGACCAAACGCCACUGUUGGCCUCGGCCGAACAAGGGAUGAGGCAUUGUCCCGACUGAGGUCUCUGCAUUCAGGCAGCUGGCUGAGCAGACAGACGGUGGCAGUGAAAGUCCAGAUCACCUUGUACACCCCUGCAGCAAACCUUUUCACCAGUGUGACCCUGCUGACUGUGCAGAGCCCCACCGGUAUCUUGCUGCCAUCUGCUGCCGUUCAGUCAGCCAGGAUCCAUCACAAUGUGUUUGCAUGGGACUAUAUCAUUAUGGUCUGUCAGCUCCUCUUCCUCCUCAUCACUCUGCUGCAGCUCUGCCAUCAGGUCUGCUCAGCAGGGCAACAAGGGCUGAUGGGAUACUUGAGGACACCCUGCAAUUGUCUGGAGGUCAGUCUGCUGCUAGUAAUCCUAGUGUACUAUAUUUAUUACAUCUGUCACUCCGUUAUUAUCUUCGAGGUUGUGGACCUGCUACUCAGACAUAACUACAGAGAGCAUGUUGACAUCAGCCUCCUGGCCUCAUGCCAAAAGCAUAUCUGUACUUUACGUGGCCUGAUGCUCUUCCUGCUUUCAAUAAGGUGUGUGGGUUUGCUGAGAGUCCACAGGGUGACGGCUACAUCUGCUAUAAUAUUCCAGCUGUCACUCUCCAGCCUCGUUUGGCCAAUGGUUUUAUGUCUUAUCCUGGUGGUGGGGCUAUCCUGCUUGGGCAACCUGCUGUUCAUUCAAAGGUCUUGGGCAUUUAGGUCCAUUCCUGUCUCUCUUCAGACCCUGCUGUCUCACUACCGGGGCCUCAGGGGCUUCACAGGCCUCAGGGGCUUCUUUCUGUCAGGGCAGGAUCCUGUACAGUCUCCUGCCAGCCUGUCAGAAACCAUUUACCAUGGAGCUCUCUGUCUCACCUCCACUCUGCUGUGGACGGCAGUGCCUGUAGUUGUGGUGUCAUCAGUGGUUAAAGCUGCUAAAAGAACCAAUCGUAGGAGAGACGUCGUUACGCUGUCAGAGAUAGCCAUCUACAUCAGAGACAAGCUCUCUGCGCUCCUUGGCCAAAAAAGGCUGACACGUACAGAUAUCCGCAUCGCAAGGAGGGACUACUAUUUUGAGGAGUUUGAGAUCUUGGUGGAUGAGCUGUUGUUCAGACUCAAUACUCUUAAUGAUAGCCUGCACCACACCCUGCCACCCAAGGUCCACCACUACAGGGAGCACACCUCUUCUGUCUCCCCCAUACAGAGGCCCCCUAGCCUGUGCUCUGCUCUAAGCAUAAAUUGGGUCAUGAAAGGGGAGAUGACGCUGAAUGGCAGCUUCGACACUUGUCUUUCUCACAGUGAAGAACACUCAUCUGCGUCUCACCUGCUUAGGUCCCAGGUUGGAUUUGAGACCAUCCAAUGCCUGCAGCAAAGACUCCAUAGGCAAAAUAGUUUCUACCAGGACCAAGAUGUCAUAUCUGAUGGAGGGUCUCUGCAAACUAGCGACAGAUCUGAAGGGAACCAAACAAAAUACGACUCUCAUCAUGAAGAUGGUGACCCUCGCACAUCCCUAGGGGGACAAACCUGCCUCUUCCUCCCAGUGUCCCUAACUGGGGCUGGGACAGGAGGCCAUCAAUCUAGUGGGUGGUCAGCAAAUCAGUUGGUUCAGAAUAUGGCUCUGACAAAUCAAAUCAGUCACCUGACUAAGACUGCUGAUAGUGGUUGGUUGAGUUCAAGGGCUUGCAAAAACCCAAGAAGCCAAGCCAACAGUCAUUUACAUAGGACAGACAUUGUUUCAGUUGCACAGGCCACCAGGCACUCACGUACAGCAGUAGUGGUGGAGGUUAUGGUCCAUGAGAUACCUCAGAGAGAGGAGUUUGAGAAUCUGCAGGACCCAUUACAUGAUCUAUUGAACCCAGAGCAAAGGAUAGCCUGACAGUGCUGAUUCAAGGAUAGGACCAAAAACCUGGAAGCCCACAAAAAUCUAAUUUUAUGAUCCUUUCUUAUCAUGUCAUAGUCCUGUAUUUCCUCAUUCUAAUAGUUUUUCAUUGGGCACACCCUCAGCUUCAAGCCUUUUAUUUCAUAAAAGAGAUUGGACAUAUAACCUGAUAAUAUAAAAACCAAUAGGAUUGCCUUAAAAGGGAAAUCUGACAAUGUCACACUGUAGUUCCAAUACGUCCGGGGGGUUUGAACAUGUGUAUUAUCAGAAAUACUUUUUAUGUGUCUCAUUCAUGCUCAUACAUAUGCUAUUUCUCUGCUCAGGUCAUUUGCAUUCCCCUAAUGCCCACACAAUGAAGUUUCAUCUGAUGUGAUCUUGUAAAGCGGGCAAAAGGAUUUUUUUUUUCUAUUUGAUGUUGACUGGUUUGGUCUGUAAAUAUUUGUCAACUACUGUGACACCGUAACCAUGACACAGGGUACUUAGCUGAGGGACUGAAAUAGGAUGCACCUUUAUUGCUUUGGAUGUUGUAUGAAAUGUACGUGUGUGGACACUUGAAAUGCUGCACUAGAUUAUAAUGUAACCAAUUAUUCAAAUAAAGUAACAUUUAAUGAUUUUCAAAGUCUUUCCAAGCUAUCAGCCUACUGUAAUUACAAGAAUGACAUCAGAAUAUGUGGCAAUUCAAAAUAUCAAGUUAUGGAAAUAUUUUGAUGAGAUGUUAGAGACAAUUUCACAAUGGUAAUUGUUAUGGGAGAGGGUGUUGCUGGUGCAGAAGCAUCUUACGAAGAACAUACAACACAUACACUUUGUCCAGACAUUGAUAGUCCCAAUUAUUUACAGUCAAAUUAUUUUUGGAUCUAUUUUUGGAGCUAUUUCAAGUUAAAUAAAAUUCUCCU